GAGGAGAGAGAGGGCCACACACACACAUCACGGCCACAUUAACCCCGAGCUGUAAACCUGCACACACACACAGAGAGAGAGAGAAAGAGAGAGAGAGGACGAAUCUGUGAUCAUCUCUGCAGCCUUUCCCCGGACUGUCUACCGCUUUUGUUGCCAUCAGUCGCCGGGGCUGCACGGGAGGAGAAGCUGGAGGGGGGUGGAGGAGGAGGAGGAACUCGCCUCCUUUAAAGCCCGAUCGGUCGGCGGCGGAAGGGACGUGAUAUGAACCCCUCAUCGGCUUGAACGGCAGUGCAGCUAAAUAGCCCCGUUUUCCAGGAGGGGGGUGGGGGUUAUUUAACGGAGGAUCAAAAGAAAGGACAUUUCUACCUUUAACCUGCAGCUGAAGGCCGAGAGGAAAAACACCCACGGAACCUGUAGCGAUGCCCGGGUUUGAUUACAAGUUUCUGGAGAAGCCAAAGAGACGGUUCCAGUGUCCGCUCUGCAGCAAGGCGAUGCGGGAGCCGGUCCAAGUGUCUACCUGUGGACAUCGGUUCUGUGACACCUGUCUGCAAGAAUUUCUAAGUGAGGGUGUCUUCAAGUGUCCAGAGGACCAGCUGCCGUUGGACUAUGCCAAGAUCUACCCGGACCCGGAGCUGGAGCAGCAGAUCCUGGCGCUGCCCAUCCGCUGCAUCCACAGCGAGGAGGGCUGCCGCUGGACCGGCCAGAUGAAGCAGCUGCAGGGCCACUUCUCCACCUGCGCCUUCAAUGUGAUACCCUGCCCCAACCGCUGCUCCGUUAAGCUGACUCGCCGCGACUUGCCCGACCACCUGCAGCACGACUGCCCCAAGCGCAAGGUCAAGUGCGAGUUUUGUGGCAGCGAGUUCACCGGUGAAGCGUAUGAGAACCACCAGGGUGUGUGUCCUCAGGAGAGUGUUUACUGUGAGAACAAGUGCGGAGCUAGGAUGAUGCGUCGGCUGCUGUCCCAACACGGCUUGGCCGAGUGUCCCAAACGCACACAGCCCUGCAAGUACUGCGGAAAGGAGUUUGUCUUCGACACAAUCCAGAACCAUCAGUACCACUGCCCUCGGUUUCCUGUCCAGUGCCCAAACCAGUGUGGCACACCCAACAUCGCCCGAGAGGAUCUGGCUAACCAUGUGAAGGACAACUGCGGCAGCGCGCUUGUUCUCUGCCCCUUCAAAGACGCCGGCUGCAAACACAGGUGCCCCAAACUGGCUAUCGGUCGUCACCUGGAAGACACUACUAAGUCACACCUGACUAUGAUGUGUAACCUGGUGGGCCGUCAGCGGCAGGAGAUCCUGGAGCUGCGGAGGGAGAUGGAGGAGCUGUCCGUCAGUCACGAUGGUGUUCUCAUCUGGAAGCUCAGCGACUACUCCCGCAAACUCCAGGAGGCCAAACUCCGAAGCAACCAUGAGUUCUUCAGCCCACCCUUCUACACUCACCGCUACGGCUACAAGCUGCAGGUGUCGGCCUUCCUGAAUGGUAAUGGAAGCGGCGAGGGCUCCCACCUCUCCGUCUACAUCCGCGUGUUGCCCGGAGAGUACGACAGCCUGCUGGAGUGGCCCUUCUCCUACAAGGUGACUUUCUCCAUCCUGGACCAGAGCGACCCAUCGCUUUCCAAACCCCAGCACAUCACCGAGACCUUCAACCCCGACCCCAACUGGAAGAACUUCCAGAAGCCCUGCAGCAGCCGCAACUCGCUGGACGAGAGCACCCUGGGCUUCGGCUACCCCAAGUUCAUCUCUCACGAGGAGAUCAAGAAGAGGAACUACAUCCGAGACAACUGCAUCUUCAUUAAAGCUUCAAUAGAGAUUCCCCAGAAGAUAAUGGCUUAAGAUCCAACCUUUUUUUAUCCUUUUUAUGAAGGAGAAAGAUAGGUUAAAGACUUGAACACCUUGAAAACUUCUACACACUUACCCUUUAGAUACUUUCUGCCCUUACAGCCUCUCAACCACAGAGCUUGAAGCGAGUCUGUUUGGCUGUGUGAGCUGACUCGGAGGACCUUGAUGUAUAACAGAGGAGAAAGUGUUUGGUCCGCAGAAACCAUCACUCUCUGGUGUUUCUUUUUAUUAAUUUUUUUAUCUGUUUGCUGACCUUUUAUCACAGUCUACAACAAAAAGCCUUGGAAAUCAAACAGUGCCUAGAGAGUUUAUGUUAAGUUAUAUUUUUGUUGUUAUUUCCACAGUACAGAUGUUAAAGAUUAUGGAAAAGAUAUAAAAAAUAGGGGUGAAGGGCUUCACUAAGCCUCUGCACUUAGAAAGAAAGUUAGAAGCUGGUUAGAGACGUCCCAUUGUGGUAAUUUAAAGAAGAGGGAGCUCAACAGACUCAAGCUCAAGCCCAACUGCCUUUUGUUUACAUGCUCAUACAGUAUACUCCCACUGAUCCCUUAACAAACACAGAGCCCUUGGUAGGAGACUACUCGUGAGGUUUGUGCACACACAAAUAUCAGAUCGAUGUUUUCAAGUGAGAAACUCGCAGCUUCAAUCUUGGUGAUUUUCAUGUUUUAAAGGAAUAGUUUGACAUUGUGGUAAAGUUGAAUGAGAAGAUCAAUACCACCCUGUAUCCUUACACUGAAGAGCAAGGUAUGAGUGUGGUGUCAGUCUUCUCACCUAACUCUCAGCAAAAAAAGCGUAUUUCUCAAUGUCAAACCAUCACUUUAACUAAAAUUAAACAUGUCUCUCCUAAUGCUGAGAAAAUCCUACAACGUUCAAAGAAGUUGACAAGUUUUUUUACCCGACAACAUUGAAGUAACUUAUCUGUCUCUUCUAGUUAACUGCUCCCACCACAGGAACUGUCUGUGACUUGUGUUUGUCAAUAGUUCGACCCAGUCAUAAAAAGCUUCAGGAGCGUGCAGAUGUACCAAACACACGCUUCAUAGCGACUCUAUGAGGCUUCGUGUCUAUUGUGGAGUCCACCAAUAGGAGGAGGAAAAAAAGCACCUUUUCGUCGGUCUUCGAAUGAGCAGAGCAGACAAAGAGGCCAGUUGUCGGAGUACACGCGCAUUUAAUAGUGAAGGAAAAGCCAUGUGGCCUUUUUAUACAGUAUGUCUUCGCAUGAGGGUUUAAGGGGUGAGCAGGGCAACAUAAACACAUGCAUGCUUCAUGUGCUACCACCUGGACCACAUUUUUGUACUGUAACCUGUAUUCUUGAAACCCUCUCCCGUUGAUGGCUACUUUGUCUCUUUUUUGGACCUUUUUGAAAGUUGACAAAUUGUCAAAAAGAGUAGUUUUUUUUAAGUUUUUUUUUGUUUUAUAUACAGAAAAUGUGAACGCUGUUGGUAAUAUAACCUAUAAAGACAAUGAACACUUGGCUGUGAAGUGUAUUGUUUUACAUAGCCUGGGCAUGGACGGUGUACUGUUUGAGAAGAUGGUUAAUGGACGUGGUCUCUGCAAAUAUGUGGCUGUCUUGGGACUGACUACACCUUUGUUGUUACCAUGGUCACCGGUGUCUAUCUUCAGCUCGGCACACAACGUGGCAACGAGGAGCAUUUGGAGGGACGCAGCCCUGUGCGAUAACACCUGUCUCCAUCCCAGCACCAUCAGAGGGUUGGAGGACUUUGAUGAUACAGUACAUUCAUGAUGUAUGUGAAUACUAAUGUAAAAAUGCAGAAGCACAUUCUGUCUUUUUAUUAUUAUACAUGGAAAAAUUCAUGAUUUCUUGUCAUAAUACCAGCUGAUAUUUUACAGUGAUUUAAAGAAGUGAGAAGAUAAAACUUUUUUGUAAGAUUCUGUAUUUUUAAAAAUACUUGCUGUUUUAUACAACACUUUUCGUUGGAGAGUCGGGGUUGACUUUGGGAAUUUUCAGACCCUUUCGUCUCUUAUACAUUUGGAUAAUUUGUUUGUACUUGUGGUUUGAGCCUCACAUAUUCUGUCUGUAUUAUUUCCUCUUAAAAGUAUUUAUUUUAAGGAGCCGUCAUGUGAGUUUGCACAGACGACGCAAAUGUUUUAAUAUGUUGAUUGAUGAGUGCUUGUCAAUUUCUUAAUUGAAAUAAAAUACCAUAUAUUAUA